CUUCACUGUACCUUCUUCUCAUUGAUCGCUGCGUAGAAAAUGAUAUCGAAAUUGAUAUCGAAAACACAAAAAACAGAGUAAACGCGUGAACGAACGGUUCGCUGGCAGACGCGGAUCUGGACCUCUUCGCCGCUGUCAAAUCUGCGCUUAAGCUUUCCUGCUCUUUGCUUGUAAACACCCGCUGCACGAACCUCGACGCUCUGCUGCUGCUUCUUCGUCGCUUUUCUUUGCUGCUGCUCUUUUAUAACUCCUCAGAGACGCUCUGCUGAAUGCACUAACAGUCUCGGCCCGGGCUACUUCCGCUGUGUCCGCUUCUGUCCCUCACGACGGUAUUCACUCACGCCACACUCUACUCUCCAAGACAUCCAAGACCCAUCCCGGGUCUUCCUCUCAGCUCCAGUCUUCUUCUAGCCUGGUCCAUCUCCUCCACACACACACACACUAUCUGAGACCAUGGACACAGACCGCCUUGUCCCGGAUCCUCUCUCCCCCGAACCACUCCGCGUGCGCGUCCACCGACGCGACCGGUCACGGGCACGGUCGAGAUCUCGAUCGCGCUCGCCGCUGCCGGACCAUGUCCAGCGCUCGCUCGACCAGCAGCAGUACUCCGGUGCGCAUUUCCAUAACGCGUACUCGCCCAUGCGCGCAGAGUCGCCGAGUGGCGCGGGUGGGCAUGACGAGAUUCGCGAGCUGGGGUUGAAUAGAACGCUUACCAGUGCCACUGCUGCUACCGUCAUUGACGAGUACGCCGAAUUGGGCGUGCAAAAAGCGGAAGCGCUGGCUCAGACAUGGACAAGACGAGGCCUGCACUGCGCCUACAUGGGCCUCUUCCUUCUCGCAUUCACAACCUCUCUCUCCGGCCAAGUCACCGCCCUGCUCACCCCCUUUGCGACCAGCGAGUUCCACGUCCACUCACUCCUCGCAAUGGUCCAGGUCGUUCAGGGCAUUCUCUUCGCCGUCGUCAAGACUCCCAUGGCCAAGAUCGCAAACGCCUUCGGAAGACCGGAAGCGUUUACUCUUGCACUCGUCCUGCUCUGCGCGGGAUACCUGCAGAUGUCGCUCGCCGGGAGCGUGUCGGCGUAUGCUAGUGCGCAGAUCUUUUCGGCGAGUGGGACGACGGGGUUGCUCAUCCUCCAGCAGAUUUUCGUUGCGGAUACUACCGACCUGCUGAAUCGUGCCCUGUUUUCUGUCUUGCCAGAUACUCCGUUUCUGGUGACUGUCUUCAUUGCGCCCUGGUUGACCGACAUUUCCAUCGAAAAAUUCACUUGGCGGGUAGGCUACAGCGUAUGGGUACUUCUCGUCCCAUUAGCCGCCUCCCCGUUGCUCAUCACCUUAUUCCACAACCAGCGUCGCGCCCGCAGUAUCGGUCUUAUUCCAAAGUUUUCCUGGGGCGGCACCUCGCUGUUCGCGAUUGCAAAGUCCAUCUCUGGUGCGCUGGAUCUGCUGGGAAUCUUACUAUUCACCUCUGCUUGCAGCAUGGUUCUCAUCCCGCUCACGCUGUCGAGCACGCUUGCCACACACUGGCAUGAUCCUCGAAUCAGCGGAUUGCUGAUCGGAGGAACGAUCCUGUUCAUCAUCUUCAUUGUCUGGGAGCUGUAUCUCGCCAAACGAGCAGAGUUAGAUCCCCACAGCAACACCACAAGACCUCGUCCGCUCCUGAGUCUGCGGGUUCUCGAGAACCGGACCGUCCGCAGCGGCUGCGUGACUAUUUUCUUCUACGAUCUAGCGUACAACAUUUUCCAGCCGUACUUCUUCAGCUAUCUGAUGGUCACCAGACCGAUGAACACCGAUACCGCAGGCCGGAUCGUGCAGAUCUUCUCGUUCGCGGCUACGGUCGCAGGUAUCACUGUCUCGCUCCUGAUCAAGCGGUCGCACCGGUACAAGCGGUGGCUCUUGAUGGCGAUCCCGAUCUACCAGAUUGGAAUCUUGACGAUGCACUUUACACGGGUGCCGAACUCGCACACGUUCUUUGUCGUGUUCUCGCAGGUCAUGACGGGCGCGGGCGGCGGUCUGCUGUCUGUGCCGACGCAGAUCGGGGUGCAGGCGUCGUGCAGCCACUCGGAUGUCGCGCUCGCGACGGCGAUGUUCCUCACUGUCUUUUCGCUCGGAUCGGCCGUCGGUGCGUCGAUCUCGGGCGCGAUCUGGACGUCGCUGCUGCCGUCGUACUUGAAGUACUAUCUGCCGGAGGACAUGCAGAGCGAGGUGUAUGACAUCUACGGGGACUUUGAGUAUGCCCGGCAGCAUUACCCCGAUCUGUCGAGCCCGGAGCGACAGUCUAUUGUCGCUGCGUACAAAGACGUCAUGGCGGUCUUGAUCUGGGUCGCGUUCUUCAUUGUCAUUCCCGCGUUUAUCUCGGCGUUGUUCAUGACCGAGUACGACCUUGAGGAACUCAGCAAGCUUGCGGAAGAGCACGCGCGAGCAGGCUACGGCAUUCUCAACAAAAACAGCGACGACGAAGCAGACGACGACGACGAAGCAGGCAGUUUCAUCGGCAGCGUGCAUCCGCCCAUCAUCGUCGGCAGCCACGUCGACCGGAGUGAUGACGGCGACGCAAUCCUCGAGAUCUCGUCUGAUGAGGAGGAGGACGCGCUUGGAGCGGGAGUGGGAGUCGCGGCCUCGCAUCGGGAUGUGGUGCAGGAUCCGCUGAGGGUUGGGAAGAGGCGUUUGUUAUGAGAUAUACAUUUCUAUUUUCUACUUUUAUCAGUGAAAAAGAGUCGGGUAUGACUGGGCAUUAUAUGAGUUAUAGAAUUACGGCAAUACACAAUUAUACAUAUGA